UAUUAUGAUGGAUUAAAUAUGCAUAUGUUUAGGGUUUAUUCAUUAUAAGAUUUUUGCAAACAGAAGAGUUCAUUAUUAAGCUUCUUAAGAAUCUUCGACAUAUCUGAAAUCUAGAAUGACAGAAUCUGCUGUCCACAAUUGUUAAAGUUCUUGCUUUUCAUUCCUUCUUGCCUGAUUUUACGAGAUCAUUCUGAUUCAGUGUCUCCAGAAUGCAUGAAAUUUCGCCUUUUGAACUAAUGGGGAGAAAAUUUCUGGAAGAUGAAAAAACAGGGCACUUAGGUUCUUCUCCAAUAAGUUCGCCAAAAGCUAGUUUAGAGGUUGCUGAGCCGUCCAGUUUUGACGGUACAUUGAUUAUAAUACUGGCAGGUUUUGUUGUCUCUCUGCUCUGUGCAAUGGCCGUAAGCAGAUUAGUACGUUUUGCUUGUGGAUGGAUCGGCGGCAUGAUUGGGGUUAAUUUAUCCCCUGUUUCUGCUACUGCUCAGACUGGUAAUACUAAUGGCAACCACACUUGUGUGAAGAAAUUCAGUGUUCACACACUGCCUAGUGUUGUGUAUAGCAGGGAAUUGGAAUCCAGAGGCACAGACUGUGCAAUUUGCCUGGCAGAGUUUGUGGAAGGGGAAAAGUUGAGAAUAGUGACACAGUGUAAUCACAGAUUCCACAUGGAGUGCAUUGACAAAUGGCUGGCCCACAAUCCUUCUUGCCCCUCCUGUAGACAGUCUCUUGUGCAAUAAUAAAAAAGCCAAUUUUCUUGACUGCCAAAUUGGCUUCUCUGAAUGAGUUUGGUAAAUUUGUUUGGCCUAUGUCAUGAUUAUGUAAAUUUGAUUUCUGUAAUGUUAUUUAAAAUUGAAAUGAGAUAUAAUUAUUCUUAUGUUAA